AUGGGCCUCACAUCCCGCUGGACGUUGCAGGAAGUUGUCCUCGUUACUGCCAAGAAGCUCUGCUGCCACCAUCAGGACCAGAGGUGGCAUGAUAACGAGUACAAGAGAGCCCAUUUGGGCACAGCCCUGAAGGCUAGCCCCUCUGGAGCUACUUCACAGGCAAAGGGAAUUUUGCUAGAAAAAGUGAAGGUUGAAGCCAGACAGUUGAAGUCUGCUAUCAGGAAGGUUUUCAGGGAUCAUCUGAUCAAGAAGAGCAAGAAACUCACAGCUUUCAUACCCAAUGAUGGCUGCUCGCACUUUAUUGCAGAAAACGGUGAUGUUCUUGUUGCUGGAUUUGGUUACAAAUGUCAUGCUGGUGGUGACAUUCCUGAGACCCACUUUAAAGUUGUCAAAGUAGCCAGGGUGUCUCUCUUGGCCUUAUGCAAAGGCAAGAAGAAAAGACCGAGAUCCUAA